CCCACCCCAUCGAGCCGCCAGCGCUCGACUGCUCCUGACUGGCGGCUGCAGCAUGGCGGCGGGGGCGGCUGGAGCUGCCGAGGCGGCGGCGGCGGCGGUGGUGGAGGUCCGCUCGGCCGGGCACUUUGAGGAGCUGCUGCGCCUCAAAGCCAAGUCCCUCCUUGUGAUCCAUUUCUGGGCGCCAUGGGCUCCACAGUGUGCACAGAUGAACGAUGUAAUGGCAGAGUUAGCUAAAGAACACCGUGAAGUUUCAUUUGUGAAGUUGGAAGCUGAAGCUGUUCCUGAAGUAUCUGAAAAAUAUGAAAUUAUUUCUGUUCCCACCUUUCUGUUUUUCAAGAAUUCUCAGAAAAUUGACCGAUUAGAUGGUGCACAUGCUCCAGAGUUGACCAAAAAAGUGCAGCGACACGCAUCUAGUGGCUCCUUUCCACCUAGUGCUAAUGAGCAUCUUAAAGAAGAUCUUAACCUUCGCCUGAAGAAAUUAACGCACGCUGCUCCUUGCAUGUUGUUCAUGAAAGGAACCCCUCAAGAACCUCGCUGUGGUUUCAGCAAGCAGAUGGUGGAAAUUCUUCACAAACAUAAUAUUCAGUUUAGCAGUUUUGAUAUCUUCUCAGAUGAAGAAGUUCGGCAGGGGCUCAAAACUUACUCCAAUUGGCCCACCUAUCCUCAGCUCUAUGUUUCUGGAGAGCUCAUAGGAGGCCUUGAUAUAAUUAAGGAGCUAGAAGCAUCUGAAGAACUAGAUACAAUUUGCCCCAAAGCUCCCAAAUUAGAGGAAAGGCUUAAAGUGCUGACAAAUAAAGCUUCUGUGAUGCUCUUUAUGAAAGGAAACAAACAGGAAGCAAAAUGUGGAUUCAGCAAACAAAUUCUGGAAAUACUGAAUAGUACUGGUGUUGAAUAUGAAACGUUUGAUAUAUUGGAAGAUGAAGAAGUUCGGCAAGGAUUAAAAGCAUACUCCAAUUGGCCGACAUACCCACAGCUGUAUGUGAAAGGGGAGCUUGUUGGAGGAUUGGAUAUUGUUAAGGAACUGAAAGAAAAUGGUGAAUUGCUACCUAUACUGAGAGGAGAAAAUUAACAAGUGUGGUGCCCAAGUAUUAUAAGAAAUAUUUAAUUACAGUGGAGCAGUUCAUGAUUUAGUCCUCAGAAAUGGACUAGGAAUAAAAAAUGCUUCUUACUCAGUUAUGCUUUGUGCAUCUCACAAGGUUGUACUAAAUAAAUAUAUGUUACAUUUUUUCCACCAAAAAUAGAAUGCAAUAAACAUCUUCAAUUAAAAUAA